UUUGAGUCCGGGGCAGGUAUUUCCAUUACUGGAAGUCUAACUUUCUGUUAUACAACAACCAGGAAUAAUAUAAAAGACAUGAAUCUAAGUAUCUAACUAUCAAUUAGUCUACAACAAACACCCCGAUUAAUCAACUAUACAACACAUUUCAACUAAACCAUCUCCUUGAUACCAAAGUCUUUACGAAGAUGCAGCUCAGCAGCCUCCUUACUGUUAUUUCCCUCGUCUCUGCUUCACUCGCAGCUACCGGUGACCGUGGCAGUUACACUGUUUCUGGCCUUGGUGCCCGCAAGAAGGCUAUCUUGAACGCUGGAGGCAACACUCUUGACUUGGCUAUUGCCAUGCUCGAGGAUGAACACAUGUCAACCGACUACAAGUAUGGCGACGGCAAGACCCUCGAUGCGGCCAACUUUGGGUUGUUCAAGGUUAACUGGGGAAUGCUUCGUGUCUGCGCAAAGCGAGCUGGAUUUGUAGGACAGUCCGAAAGCCAGUGGGAGAACGGUGCUAAGCUCAACUCUGAUAUCUACGCUGAUGUUGCCUCCCGCUGGGAUUGCCAGGAAUACUACGGUUACGAUAAGUGGUUUGCCGGUCACCGUAACGGCGCUACUGGCUUAUCGAACCCCAAUACGGAGGAUAUUCGAUUCUACCGUGAGUCUGUUGAGUGGAUCCAGGCGCAAAUCGAUUCGAAGUCUACUUACAAGACUGAUGACACUCGCUUUUGGGUUGAUGUUAACCCUAUCUAAGUCAACAUGUCGGUAAGUGCUAAGGUCAGGGUGCCAAAAUAGGACUAUUAUAUCUAAAUACUACCUUGUAGGUGUACUUUAGUGUGUGGUCUUACUGUUGGCAAUGUUUAGUAUGUGGCACAAGCUAUCCAUCGUGUAGUUAAGGGGAGAAGAGGACAGAGAUAGACAAGGACUUUCCCACUGUAGUAGGAACAGGAAUAGCUCUUAUAGUACAAAAACUAGGGUUAAAUCGCCCGACGGCGCCGGUAGCCAAAUUGAUUACAAUUAGAUAGAUAACAGCCUCAGAUAUAUAGGGCUUAUCUCUUUCUUA